AUGAUCACAAAUUUAUUACAAAAGAUUAUCUUCUGCGCUACACAAGGCGAACAAAGCUCGGAGUUAUCGGAUCAAGAGAUAGCAGCAAUCAAGGAUGUAUGGGCCAGGGCACGUAACGGCGAUGUUGGCACGAAAAUUCUUAGCGCACUUAUUGAGAAGAAACCGACCUUUGCUAUGUAUUACGGAUUCGAGAUGUCGUUGAAUUCAGAUGAGAUGAGAAAGAGUGAGCUGUUCAUCUUGCAGGCUCGUCGUAUCCAAAAUUUUCUCGACACAAUUGUUGCAUCGCUUGGCGUCUCCCCAGACAGCACAAUUCAUCAUAUGGCUUAUAGAAUAGGACAAAUUCACUAUUACAAAGGAGUAAACUUUGGCGCUGAUAACUGGCUGGUUUUCAAGAAAGUUACUAUUGAGCAAGUGAUCUCCUUGCAGAAGAAGCCGUCUAUGUUUAGCCUUACGCCUACAAAAGAUUACAACUAUGCAGAGGUAGCACCAUUUCUCUUCUCUCAGAAGAAACCUUCUACGUAUGCUUCUUUUCAGGUCACAAUGGAGUCAACGAGAGCAGCUAUUCAACGGGGCUCCAUGGAUACUAUUGGAUGGAAUAAAUUGAUGGCUAUCAUCAUACGAGAAAUGAAACGAGGUAAACUUUAA